ACCUGGCACCUUUCCCGGAGGAUGGCUAUAGCUCCUCCAAGUUACUGUUUCGUGGCCUUCCCGCCACGUGCGAAGGACGGUCAGGUGGUAUUUGGGAAGAAUUCAGCUCGGCCCCGGGAUGAAGUACAGGAGGUUGUGUAUUUCUCAGCUGCUGAUCACGACCCCGAGAGCAAGGUGGAGUGCACUUACAUUUCAAUCGACCAAGUUCCCAGGACCCAUGCCAUUGUGAUCAGCAGACCUGCCUGGCUUUGGGGGGCAGAAAUGGGAGCCAAUGAACAUGGAGUAUGCAUCGCCAACGAAGCCAUCAAUGCCAGAGAGCCAGCCAGUGAGACGGAAGCCUUACUAGGGAUGGAUCUGGUCAGGCUUGGUUUAGAGAGAGGGACAACAGCUAAAGAAGCCUUAGAUGUCAUCGUCGCCUUGUUGGAAGAACACGGACAAGGUGGGAAUUAUUAUGAAGAUGCAAACUCCUGCCACAGCUUCCAAAGUGCAUUUCUGAUUGUGGAUUGUGAGGAGGCCUGGGUGCUUGAGACCGUGGGGAAGUACUGGGCUGCAGAGAAAAUGACAGAGGGAGUAAAGUGCAUUUGCAAUCAGCUUUCUCUCACGACUAAGAUCGACGCAGAGCAUCCUGAACUCAGGAGUUACGCGCAGAGUCAAGGUUGGUGGACAGGAGAGGACGAGUUCAAUUUUUCUGAAGUUUUUUCUCCAGCUGAUGGCCAUCUAGCCUGCUGUUCAGGCAAAGACAGCUUAGAAAAGCAAGAAGAAAUCAUCACUGUGCAGACUAUGAUUGACAUCUUGCGGGACAAAGCCAGCGGGAUCUGUGUUGACUCCGAGUCUUUCCUGACCACGGCCAGCAUAGUGUCUGUCCUGCCUCAGAACAGAAGCUCGCCAUGCAUUCACUACUUCACGGGGACCCCAGAUCCUUCCAGGUCCAUAUUCAAGCCUUUCAUCUUUGUCGAGGAUGUAAAACUUGUCCCCAAAGCACAGUCUCCCUGUUUUGGGGACGAUGACCCUGCCAAGAAGGAGCCUCGGUUCCAGGAGAAGGCGGACCGCCGGCACGAGCUGUACAAGGCCCACGAGUGGGCGCGCGCCGUCCUGGAGAGCGACGAGGAGCAAGGCCAGAAGCUGAGGAAGACGAUGCUGGAACUGGAGAAGCAAGGCCUGGAAGCCAUGGAAGAAAUCCUGACCAGCUCCGAACCCCUGGACCCCACUGAAGUGGGGGAUCUCUUCUAUGACUGUGUUGACACGGAGAUUAAGUUCUUUAAGUGAAGUAAGCAUUCCCUUUCCCCUUCUUAUUUAAAACUUCCCACCUUACUAAAUUACCAGCAAAACAAACCACUCUCCCGUCGGAGUGAAAUGAGAACGUUCAGAUGUGUUAAAGUCGCACUGUUAACUUGUGUUCUGCCCUGAAUCUCGAAGCGCCCCCUUCCUCUGCAGUGUAACUUGUAUCCCGCUUGCCUGUUGUUUGACUGUAUGACUCAUUGUGGAUUUUAGCUGCUAUUAUUGUAUUUCAGUGACAAUGGACACAUUAGCCUUUUCACAGGAGGACUUAAGUCCAUCAAACCUUGAAAGUCAGGCUCCACUGUGCCAGGUUUGUGGGAAAAGCAAAAUCUUUUGAAGUCCUACUCCUCUCAGUAGAGGUUUCUUUCAGAUUAACAAGAGGCAUUUCUUGGUCUUGCCCAGGGCUCUUGUG